AGCGUGUUCCAGAAAGGCAGCUGAGCUACGGGAAGCGGCAAGCGGAGGCCCGCCGAGGCAACUCGGAGGCUCUGGGUGCAAAAUCCCAGGGCCAGAAGCUGCAGCCAUGCUGCGUCCCAAGGCUUUGACCCAGGUGCUAAGCCAAGCCAACACCGGAGGCGUCCAGAGCACCCUGCUGCUGAAUAACGAGGGAUCCCUGCUGGCCUACUCGGGUUACGGGGACACCGACGCCCGGGUUACUGCAGCCAUCGCCAGUAACAUCUGGGCCGCCUACGACCGGAAUGGAAACCAAGCGUUUAAUGAAGACAAUCUCAAGUUCAUCCUCAUGGACUGCAUGGAGGGCCGCGUGGCCAUCACCCGAGUGGCCAACCUUCUGCUGUGUAUGUAUGCCAAGGAGACCGUGGGCUUCGGAAUGCUCAAGGCCAAGGCCCAGGCCCUGGUGCAGUAUCUGGAAGAGCCCCUCACCCAAGUCGCAGCAUCUUAAUGGGCUAGUGGAAGCUGGGGUCGGAAAAGAGAGUUUGGAGGGGCAGGGCCCCCCUGGGAAAAUCUUCCUAGACUGUGUGGGGAGGGUGGGACUUUGCUUCUUCCAGAAAUAAACUUCAACUCCUA